AUGGCCUCGCUCGUGGACAACAUGGACGGCCUCGCCGUCGCGGACGCCGUGGUCGUCGCCGGCGGCGUCUCCGGCACGGUCGCCGGGACGAGCGCGGAGCACAUGAUGAACCCCGGCACGCUCGAGAUCGAGGUGAUCCAGGGCCGCGACCUCGUCAUCAAGGACCGGGGCACCUUCCGGUCGAACAAGUCGGACCCGUUCUGCGUCGUCGCCGUCGACGGCGCCAAGGUCGGCAAGACGAAGACCGUCGACCGGAACCUGAGCCCCGUCUGGAACUUCUCGACGGCCGCCAAGGUGAAGCGCGGCGCGCAGAAGCGGCUCGUCGUCAACUGCUUCGACAAGGACAAGCUGUCGAGCUCCGACCCCAUGGGCACCGUGGUCAUCGAGGUCCUCGAGGCGCUCCGAGGCGCGGACGUCGCGACGCGCGUUCGUCGGUGGUACGACGUGGAAAACUGCGAGGGCUGCGACAACGCCCGGGGCCAGAUCGAGAUCGCCUUCGCCUGGAAGCCCAAGACCGUCAUCGCCCUGGAGAAGGGCACGCCCUUCCGCGUCGAGCACCCGGAGCAGGCGCUCUUCGUCGGCCUGGGGUGGACGGGCGCGUGCGGCGCCAAGGUCGACCUCGACGCGUCGUGCGUCUUCUUCGACGACCAGGGCGCCGUCGUCGACGCGCUCUACUUCGGGAACACGCAGUGCUUCGACGGCGCGGCGCUGCACAGCGGCGACGCGCUGACGGGCGACGAGGCCGCCGCGGAGGAGGACGCGGACGAGCGCAUCGAGCUCCGCCUGGCGAAGCUCCCCCGGGCCGUCGCGUCCAUGCUCUUCGUCGUCACGGCCUACGCGGAGAAGAGCUCCUUCGUGGACAUGAAGUCGGCCUUCGUCGGCCUCUUCGACCCCGUCGAGGGCGAGAUGUGCCGCUACGCCUUCGACUGCCGCGGCGACCACACGGGCCUCGUCAUGUGCCGCGUCGCGCGGAGCGGCCCGGCCUGGGUGCUCAACGCCAUCGGCGACGUCGCGGCGGGGCCCCGCGACUACGGCACGUGGGUGCCCGAGCUCAAGGCCUACCUCUCGGACCUCGUGUCGCACGUCCGCGUCGGCGACCCGAACGACCGCGUCGCCAUCAUGCACAAGGGCUCCGUCGUGGACCUGUCGUACUACCAGGCGGGGCCCCUCGCGGAGGUGCGCAUGGGCGUCGCCUGGGACAUCACGGGCGGCCGCAGCAUCGACCUCGACGCGUCGUGCCUGCUGCUCAAGGCCGGCUGCUCGGAGGCGACGACGGAGAUCGUGUCCUACCAGAAGCUGUCGUCGAGCGACGGCCGCGUGCGCCACUCGGGCGACGACACGACGGGCGACGGCGGCGGCGACGACGAGGUCAUCACGGUCGAGCUCGACAAGCUCGCGCCCGACGUGCGGUACGUCGCCUUCGUCGUCAACUCCUACAGCGGCCAGCCCUUCUCCCAGGUCGACAACGUGUCCUGCCACCUCUUCCUGCCCCCGAGCCGGGCCCGGCCCAAGCCCCAGGAUCUGGCGAUCUUCAACCUGUCGUCGAAGACGUACCACACGACGGCGCUCGUCAUGACCAUCCUGGAGCGGUCGACGAGGCCCGACGGCAGCCCGACGUGGCUCAUGCGCGCCGUCGGCGAGGGCACCGAGGCCAAGGUCGCGAAGCAGUGCCUCGACGAGAUCCAGCUCGUGCGCGGCGAGCGCGUCGCCGCGUCGGCGCUCAUCGAGCUCGAGUUCUGGCUCAAGCACGACGCCGCGGACCUCGCGGCCUUCCACGACGACCUCGUGGAGCGGUCGACGCCCGGCUCCGCGAAAUACUCCGACUGGCUCUCGAAGGAGGAGGUCCGCGCCAUGCUGGCCCCGUCGCGCGAGGCCCUCGACGCCGUCCUCGACUACGUCGUCCACGACCUCGGCGCCGCCGACGUCCACGUCGACGACUUCAAGUCCGUCGUCUCCGUCGCGGUGCCCGCCGGGGCCGUCGAGCGCGCGCUCGACACGAAGCUCUACGCGCACGCGCACGUCGACUACGCCCACGUCGAGGUGAUCCGCGUCGGCGAGGCCUACUCCCUGCCCGCCGCCGUCGCGGCGCACGUGUCCCUCGUCUCGGAGCUCGUGCGCUUCCCGCGGCUCCGCCGGUCGGACCUCGUCGCCGCGGCCGUCGACGCCGCGCCGAACGCGACGGGCGCCUGGGCCAAGUGCGGCGCGAAGAACAGCGCCUACACGAACCCCUACGUCCUCGCGGAGCGCUACGGCUUCGAGUUCCCGCUGACGGACGCCGCGGACGGCAACUCCAUGGCCGUCGCGGAGUUCCAGGGCCAGUACUGGGACCCGAAGGAUCUCGGCGCCUUCUCGACGGCCUGCGGCCUGCCGAGCGCCAUCUCCGUGUCCAAGACCGUCGGCGGCAACGUGCCCCUCCUCUGCGAGGGCCUCGGCCAGGGCUGCGUCGAGUCGCUCCUGGACAUCGAGUACGCGGGCAGUAUCGCCGGCGCGAUCCCGCUCGAGGUCUACUACUCGGGCACCUACUCGCUCCUCGCCUGGGCGAACAAGCUCGGCGACGCCACGCCGGCGCCCCUCGUCAACUCCGUGUCCUACGGCAACGACGAGGCGCAGCAGACGGGCUCCGCGCUGUGCUCCGCGUACAUGGAGUCCGUGAACGCGGCGUUCAUGAAGGUCUCCAACGCGGGCGGGAAACGGGUGGUCUCCAACACGGGCGUGUCCAUCCUCUUCGCCGCGGGCGACCAGGGCGUCUGGGGCCGCGAGGGCCCGGGCCUCAAGUACCACCCCGACUUCCCCGCCGCGUCGCCCUACGUGACGGCCGUCGGCGGCACGGACUUCGCGACGAAGUCGGUCAUCGGCGACGAGACGACGUGGAACGACGGCGGCUCGGGCUUCUCCAACGAGUUCGCCCAGCCCGCCUGGCAGGCCGACGACGUGGCCGCCUACCUCAAGUCGGCGACGGGGCUGCCCAAGGCGCGCAUGUACAACGCCACGGGCCGCGCGUACCCCGACGUCGCCGCGCUCGCGGGCCUCGUGAACCCGUACCUCGUCGCGCUCUCCGGCGGCAAGUCCUUCGCGGGCGUCGGCGGCACGUCCGCCGCGUCGCCGACGGUCGCGGCCAUGAUCGCCCAGGUCAACAACAACCGCCUCAAGGCCGGCAAGAAGUCCAUGGGCUGGCUCAACCCCUUCCUCUACAAGACGGGCGAGGCCGCGUUCCACGACGUCACCACGGGCAAGACGAGCGGCGGCUUCACGGGCGGCUUCCCCGCGGCACCGGGCUGGGACGCGGCGACGGGCUUCGGCACCGUCGACUUCAAGAAGCUCAACGCGGCCGCGCUCGCCGCCUAG